AUGUUGAUUGAUCCUCGAGCAGUUCGAGCUAUUGUACGACAAAUUGAUGCGCAUUCCGCAGAAAUUUCUGACAUCACUGUGGCUGGUCACACAUUGGUUACGUGUGGCUGGUCACAGCUGGUAUCCUCAACUGGGCUCCGUGUUGAUCGCUUACUCAAGGUAGGAUGA